CUGGAUACAGGCAGGCGACAGGGCUGACGGCGAAAUCCGGGACCGCUGCUGGAACGGGGCUGGAGCCGCAGUCAGAGCCAGAACCUAAGCGGUCCGGAGACGUCGCCAGCAGCGGCCACAGGGCGCAGGGGGGCCGUGCGCGGCAAUGCAGUGAGGGCAUCUGGGGGAGCUGGAGCCGGGACUAGGGGUUGGGGGGGAGGGCAGGGGAAGGGGAGACCGCUCUGCAGAAAUGUGACUUCAGUGGCGACUGCUGGAGAAGCGGGAGAAUCCGUCCGGCUGUGGGGCCGCCGGGGCGGUGUAUAUGUUUAAAUCAGGAUGGUUAAAGCAGCUUCAUCUCAGUUCCGGUGUCCAGGAGUUUAGGUCAUACCAAAGAGAGAAAAAUGAGAACCCACCUGGUCCUCUCAUUUCUCCUCUUCUUUGUGAUCGGCUAUGGCUCCUCAGAGAACGCCAGCACCUCUCGAGGUUGUGGGCUUGACCUCCUCCCUCAGUACGUGUCCCUGUGCGACCUGGAUGCCAUUUGGGGAAUCGUGGUGGAGGCAGUGGCAGGGGCUGGGGCCCUGAUCACACUGCUGUUGAUACUGAUCCUCUUGGUGAGGUUGCCAUUCAUCAAGGACAAAGAGAAGAAGGGGCCCCUGGGCCUAAACUUCCUGUUCCUUCUGGGGACCCUUGGGUUGUUUGGACUGACUUUCGCAUUCAUUAUCCGAGAGGAUGAGACCAUAUGCUCAGCGAGGAGGUUCUUGUGGGGAGUGCUCUUUGCCCUGUGCUUCUCAUGCUUGCUCAGCCAGGCGUGGCGAGUCCGGAGGCUGGUUCGCCAUGGGAAAAGCCCCUCGGGCUGGCAUCUCGCCGGUAUGGCCAUAUGCCUGAUGCUGGUCCAGGUCAUUAUUGCCACAGAGUGGCUGGUCUUGAACGUGGUCCGGGAUAAAAAGCUAGCCUGCAGCUAUGAACCCAUGGAUUUUGCAUUGGCCUUAAUUUAUGACAUGGUUCUGCUGGUGGUGACCCUGGGGUUGUCCCUCUUCACUCUCUGUGGGAAAUUUAAGAAAUGGAAGAAGAAUGGGAUUUGCCUCAUCCUUACCACCUUCCUCUCCAUCCUGAUCUGGGUGGCCUGGAUGACCAUGUACCUUUUUGGCAAUGCAGAACUAAGGAAAGGGGACGUGUGGAGUGACCCCACCCUGGCCAUCGCCCUGGUGUCCAGCGGCUGGGUGUUCGUCAUCUUCCACGCUAUUCCUGAAGUGCACUGCUCCAUCCUCCCAUCACAGCAAGAGAAUACACCCAACUACUUUGACACGUCACAGCCCAGGAUGCGGGAGACGGCAUUUGAAGAAGAUGUUCAGCUUCCCCGGAGCUACAUGGAAAACAAAGCUUUUUCAAUGGAUGAACAUAAUGCAGCUCUACGAACUGCAGGAUUUCGAAAUGGUAGUCUGGCAAACCGACCCAGUGCUCCAUUUAGAAGCAAUGUUUAUCAGCCCACUGAGAUGGCAGUUGUGCUAAAUGGUGGGACUAUCCCAACUGCUCCGCCAAGUUACACUGGAAGACACCUCUGGUGAAAGGCUUUUACAAAGUUCCAGAGAAUAAGAAUCUCUAUUACAGAUUUUAUUCCCUGGCUGAGUCUUUCUGGGGGAGAAAUCAAUAACAGUGGUGGAACAAAGUCACCCACUCAUCCUGGAGCUUUCAGAAUCCCAGAUAAUGGGGUUUCAUGUAAAUGUGAACACUGGUAAACUGAUAAGCUAACCACCCACAAAAUACCAAACCAACCAAUAAUUUUGCAAACUAAAGCAAAGCUAAUUUCUUGUAGAAUUAGGCUCACUCUUAAACUGCAACUGGGGAGACUGCAUCCACCAAAUGUAGAAGAGCCAAAGUCACAGUAACUGCUGAGCAGGCCUGAUUUGUUUUGAGUGCAGGUUUCCUUGUAGGGCCUCUCCCAAUGGCAAGUAUUGGAUCCAGGCUGCCUCCCUCAUGAGGUUGAUACUUGGGGCUUUCCCAUUUGAUUGCUAGUUGGUUUAUGUGUUGCCGGGGAUCAAGAGAAUAAUUUGGUUAUCGGUUUGGUGAGCGUGUAUUUGCAGAUGUACUUAGAUUAAUAGGGUGAGGGUGGGGUCCCUGGUUAACACUGAGAGAAGCAUUGUAUUACCGUGAAAAUGCAAGAAACACUAUUUUAGUGAAGGCUUCCCCUGACAUUCUGAAGAAAUGGUCUCUGGUUGUUUGUUUGUGGACCACAUUUAACAUGGUGGUGGACUGGUGGUCAUUUUUUUUUAUGCCCCAUACCUGUGAUAUUUCAAUUAGGACAGGCCCCAAAGUGAAGCCCGAAGUAGACAUGACCUGUGUCAUGUGGCACCAGAAUGAAGUUCUCAGUGAUAACAAGCUUCUCUCCUCCCAUCCCACAACCCCAGAAGCUGUCCUGAGAAUCUGGUAGUGUAAGCAUUUUUCUGAUUUAUCUAUAUUUUGUUUCCAAAUGUGCUGAUGGGGCCAGCAGCUCAGAAAGCCAGAGGGAUGAGCUGUAACAGGUUUGCCACUGACCUAUGUGCUGUGUGGCCUUUUCAAUCCUUUAAGAUCAGUAUCAAGGUUCCUACUGCUUAGUAAUCAAGGAACUUGUGUUCCUUAUAUUAAGGGAGUGGGAUCUCCAAGACAAGGAACAUUUUCGUUUGUGGAUUUUUGUUUGUUUGUUUUUUUGGGUGUUGGAGUAGAGAAGAAAAGUUUGUUAGAUGUUUUUUAUCUUGGUUAACUGCAAGUUCUCUGAAAGUGGUUAUUUUAAAACCCAUUACUUCUGCCAUAGUUUCCAUCUGUCUUCAGCAAAUCAUCCUGUUUGUUAUUAUUUAACAUUUAUUUAGUGCAUAUCCAACAUUAAAAACAUUGUGGUCUCAUUGUUUUAACUAACAUGAUCUGCAGCUUUCUUAAAUGCCUAAAGCAAGAUUUUAACCUGACAGUAUUGGAUAUAUAAAUGAUGGGUUCUUUUGCUAUGUAGCAUAAGCUAUAAGAAAUCCAUUCUGUUUUCUAGCCCUUUUUAAAAUAAGAAAAAAAAAAAAAAAAAGGUAAGCCACAAAAAAACAUAUAAAAAGUCAAUGGUUGGGGGAAAAAAUGGUCACUGACUUUAUAAAUUUAAUACAUCUAUGCUAAAUAAUUAUAACAAAACCUCAAUAUUUUUUCCUAUAUCUAAUUUUGGUUGUGCCCUACAAGCCUUUCACCCUUUGCAUAGCCCUGGGGGAAAUGAGAUUGAUAUUGCCAUUCUUGCCGUGAUCAGCUUGCAAGUUACUUUUUCCCCUCUGCAAGUUCAUUUCCCUUUUUGCCAUGCAUGUGAAAAGAAAGCAUGGCAUGAGAGUGCCUGCCCCCAUCAUAUCUCAUUUCCAAUAUCAGCCCUGGGAGCAUGCGCCUGCUUUUAGACAACCAGACACCUGACUUUAGCCUUUAGUGUGUGUUUGGGAAGGUGAUUAUUAGAUGGUUUGGAAAUUUAAGUAUUUGGGGGAGG